CCUUCAUGGUGUGGGCCAAAGACGAGAGGAAACGUCUGGCGGUGCAGAACCCGGACCUGCACAACGCCGAGCUCAGCAAGAUGCUGGCUGCCUGGGCCUCCACACCAUGAACGGCACCCCGAAGGAUGCCCAGGCCCCGAGCCACCGUGGGUGCCUCCUGCCUUCUGUGGCCCGAACCCCCUCUGUCACCCAGAUCACACCAGCCAAGAAGAUAACCUUCCUCAAGCGAGGGGACCCGCGGUUUGCUGGGGUUCGCCUGGCUGUUCACCAGCGCAACUUCAAGAGCUUCGGCUCUCUGAUGGAUGAACUUUCUCAGCGCGUGCCUCUCUCCUUUGGAGUGCGCUCUGUCACCACACCCCGGGGCCUGCACGGCCUCAGUGCCCUGGAGCAACUGGAGGACGGUGGCUGCUACCUCUGCUCUGAUAAAAAGCCCCCCAAGACUCCUAAUGGGCCGGGCCAACCACAGGGGAGAAGCCCUUCUCAGCAGUCGCAGGAUUUCGAAGGCCGUUGUGAGGUACCAGGAACGUCUUCUUCCUGCAGGGGUCUCAAGGCCCCAAGGAGGAUAAUACUGGUUAAGAAUGGGGACCCUAGAGUCCAGCAGACAGUAGUUCUCAGCCACAGAAAUACGAGGAACCUGAUGGCUUUUCUCAGCAAAGCAUCCAGUCUUCUGCACUUUCCCGUGAAGCAGGUGUACACAACCAAUGGGAAAAAGGUGGAUUCACUGAGGGGUCUGCUAUGCAGCUCCUCAGUGCUGGUGUGUGCCGGCCACGAGUCCUUCAGACCUCUGGCAAUGGAAGAUGCCAGAAGAAAUGGGACUGAAACUUUACCUGGGCAGACAUCAAGGAACAAAAAUGGGAGCUGGGGGCCAAAGGCCAAGCAGAGCGUGAUCCACUCGAGGGCCAGGUCGGGCAGCAGACGGUUUUCCUUGCUGUCGGAGAAGUCUGGUCUCAGCGACCCCCCCGUGUCCCUGCAUCAUGCCUGGAUGGGCCUUGCCCCCGACAGACACCCUCAGGACACGCCUGCCCAGCUGGGCCCGUUGGUGGCCGGUGACGACGUGGAGAAGAAAGUCCGCAUGAACGAGGAUGGCAGCCUGUCUGUGGAGAUGAAAGUGCGCUUCCACCUGCUCGGGGAGGACAUGCUCCAGUGGUCCAGGAGGGUCGGGAGGGCCAGUCCCCUCACGGCAGCCGGUGGGGAGGGCCCUGUCCUGGGGGAGGUGGACUCCCUUCACCGCAUGUGGGAGGGCCACCCUGGGGGGUGCUCAGAGCCUGGGGCACGGCCACUGGGGCCCUGCAAGACAGGAUGCAAGGAAACCUCUGACCGAGGCCGGUGGCAGCCGGGGUCCAGAUAUGAGAUCUGGACGAACCCCCUGUACGCCUCCCAGGGAGAGAGGACAGCCUCUCGGAGGAGGACCAGGCUGACCCCGCACUCCCACUCCAGGAGCCCCUGGAGCCAAGGGGUCACCGGCAGGAAGAGAAGCAGCAAGGACAGCUUCAGCCCUGCCUCUAGUGACAGACACCCUGAAGACUCUGAGCCAAAUUCCUCUUGCUGCUCCAGCUCCCUGGAGGGCAGCAAGGGCAGCUGUGGCCUGCAUCCGGCCUCUGGGGCUGCCUCCCCGAGAGGAGCAGGGCAGGGAGCCGGCAGCAGGCCCUGGGCUGCAGGGGGCCCAGGCCAGGGAGCCAGCCCGGGGCCAGAGGGAGCAGGCCCGGGCAGCAGGGCCCGGGGUGCGGCAGGGGCUCUUUCGGACUCUUCAGCAAGUUCAGGGCCUCAUGAGGAGUCCAGUGAGAAGGAUGAGUGGCCCCAGGGCCACCCAAGCAAGAUGAAGGCUGUGACUUCCCUGCAAAAGGCCACCCCGGGGGGAGGCCCCCAUUCGCCCACCGUGAGUCCAUCGUCUCUAAGGAAUGAGGACCCACAGGCAGAGGAGUGUGGACAGAGCACAGGGCACCGUCAGGCCAGGGCUGGAUCUGGGAUGAGGUUGUCCCCGGCUCUGGGCCUUCCUGGCUCUGGGGAUGCUGUAGGAGGCUGUUCCCCACCUUCCUCUUGUAUCUCAGCCCCAGGAGGGAGAAGAAAGCAGGAGAGCAGAGCCAGGGCUGUGUCCUCACCCAGCAUUUCUGGCCUCAGUGAAGGUGCCCAGAGAGGCCGCCCCAGGCAGCGUGGCAACCAGAGGGCCACCCACUGCCCGCUCGACUCACCUGUGUCCAGACAGGUGCUGGGGCCUCCCAGCGGAGGCAGGGCCUGUCCAGCUGGCCCAACACCACACCUUUCUGAAAGCGCAUCCAGUGCCAGGAAUCAGGCCUCCUGGGACCCAGGGCCACCCCCCUCUGCCUCUUUUCAUUCCCAGGACGCACGAGGGAUCAGCAGUGCCCCCAUUACCCCUGUGAGCAACUCUGACUGUACUUCCAAUUUCUACCCCCCAUACUCUCCCUCUGCUGAGACGGAAGGGGACCCUGAAUUCAGGGCACAUUCACCAGCUCCCAUACCUUCCAACAUAUCCGACUCUUUGAGCUCCCGAGCUGAUGGCCUGGGUGAAAAGGCAGGGGGUGAUGUCCCCAAGCCUUCCUGGCCUUUGGUUCUGCCAGUCCAACAGCCUGAGGGAAGGAAGCCAGGAGCCCACCGAGGUGGCUGCUGCUCUCAUAUCGGCACAUCCCCGGUGCCUGGGACCCCUGGUGGUAAGACACAGGCCCUGCAGGGCUCCCAACCACGGGGCCACUGCUUGGUGUGCAGCAGGUACUGUCCCACUCCCCCGAGGGCCCAGCCCUCUGUCAAGAAACACCCCCCACACAGCAGCAGCCACAGCGAUGGAGACCGCAGUGCUGACUGGGCGCCGGGUGGUGAUCAGCGGGGGGAGGAAAAGCUUGACUCACGCCACCCACGGCCUCCCAGCUCUCAGUCGGGGGCCAUGAGAAGGGGCAGCCCCAGCCUAGGUUCCAGGCCUGGGAGAAUGUUCCAUGGGAAGGCUGCCGGUGGAGGGGAAAGCCUGGAGGAGCAUGAGGAAGGCAGCGGCACGAUGCCAGGCGCUCUGCCCCGAGUCUCACCGGAAGCCGUGGUCCGCGAGUGGCUGAGCAACAUCCCAGAGGAACCCCUGCCCAUGAAAUAUGAAAUGGUAGAGGAGAGCACGGAUGUGGCUGGGGACUGCUUGGAAGGUUCCAUGGAGGACCCUGUUGACAAACAUUCCCCAGAAGGCCUGGAAGGAUCAACUCAGGCCGGACAAGCACUCCUGGAAGAGGCUGCCAGUGAGAAAGCAGAACCAGAUGGAUCCCCUCCAGCGACUGGAGAUGCUGGUCCUGAGUCAGGAGAGGGUCUUUCUGGCAGUGGAGUUUCAGAAGUCACCAAAGAGGCUGGAGCAGGCAAAGGAGUGGCUGUGGACUGUGGUGCAGGCCAGUGUAUGCUUCCCCGCAGGGUCUCUGCCUCCAUCCAGAUCAUGAAGGCGCUGAUGGGCUCCAAGCAGGGCCGGCCCAGCAGCCUGCCCGAAGUGUCCAGCACGGUGGGCAGGAGGCGCAGCCACUCCGCCCAGGCCCUCAUCACCUGUCUUGCCAGUCUCCACUUCUUUGAUGACGACCUUGGGUCUCCCGCGGGCAAAGUGAGGUUCAUAGACUCUCCACGGUACCAGGAGCUCCUGAGCACCUUCCGGGCCCUGUGCCCUGGGUGUGGCCUCCGGCGAGGCGAGCUGGACUCAGGCCUCCAGGAGCUCGGCUGGUGCCAGGUUCUGCCGGGCCUCAGGUCCCAGGCCGUGACUGAGGACUUCACGCCAACGUCAUCGUCUGGCGUGGAUGUCGGCAGUGGCUCUGGAGGCUCAGGGGAGGGCAGUGGACCUGGUGCCGUGGACUGCACCCUGGUUCCUGAGAGGAUGGAGCUGCCCUUGAAGAUCCCCUCUGAGGAUUCCAGGACCCCAGAGAACCCAGAGGAUCUGGGAAACCAACAGCUGAGUGGUUCCGAGGCCUCCUCAAACUCCCAAGCAUUGGCUUGUGCCGCCAGGAAGGAAGGGGCAGAAAGAAGCAGCGUGGAGCAGACAGUGGGCAGUGACCUGGACCAAGCAGUUGAAAGCACCAUGCAAGAAGAGGGAGUGCCAUCAGAACAGGUAAAAGAAGAAGAAGAAAGAGCAGAACUGCAACAAGAGGGUGUCGAAGGAUUUCCAGAAGAGGCAAGAGUCACGGGACAAGAACUGUCAGGGGCUGGCUCUCAGGAUGGGGAGCGGACACAGGAAGAUAAGAGCUUGCAGGAAGAGGAAGCAGGAAGAGACCCUCCCUCUGCAGUACUGCACCCUCCAGAGAGGAGAGAGAAACCGACAGGGCCCCCUAGGAGCCUCAGAGAGAGGGACCCAAAUGCCAGUGGGAGUCCAAGUGGCCCCAUGGCUGAGCCUGGUUGGGAGAAGCUGCCCAGAGCAGCUGAGGCAGGCCCUGAGCAAAGCCAGGCCAAGUCCACCCAGGGGACUGGGGAGAAAGGCACUUCUACAGCCCGUAGAGCAUCUCUGGAUCCUGACGCCCUCUGGGUGUCCACGUUGUUGAGGAAGAUGCAGAAGGCCUUCAUGGCCCACCUUGCCAGUGCCACAGCUGAACUCCGAGCCCGAUGGAGCCUGCAGAGCAAUGACCUACUGGACCAGAUGGUGGCCGAGCUGCAGCAGGACAUUGGCCAGCGGCUCCAAAACAGCACUGAGAAAGAGCUCCUGAAGCUCCAUAGCCGGGCCGGGGGGAAGGCGCCGGGACCGCACAGGGAAGCUGUCAGGCGGGAGACGUCCCUGCAGACAGAGCAGCGCAGGCAUCGCCUCCAGGGCCUGCGCAACCUCUCAGCCUUCACCGAGCAGACCCGAAGCUGGGGGCCCCCCUCCCUGUCUCUUGAGGACAUGUCGACCCUCAGUGGAGCCCCGGGGAUCCGGCUGGGUGGGGAGGCCACUGGGGAGGAAUUCUGCCCCUGCGAAGCCUGCAUGAGGAAGAAAGUGGUUCCUACGUCCCCAAAGGACGUCACGGGGGUAGCCAGCGCACCUAUCAAAGAGGCCUUUGACUUGCAGCAAAUUCUGCAGAAGAAGAAAGGAGGAUGUGCUAGUGGGAACACAGCAGAGACAGCCCCUGAGAAAAGAGGGUGGGAGCCACUUCAGAGGGACCCCUCGGGGACGGGGACUGUCCGGAGAGCUGAUGGAGGCCUGGAGCUGGGCUCAGGCCAGAGCCCUGGGGCGGAGGGGCAGGAGGAGGGUGAGGGCAGCCAGACCCUCGGCAGAGAUGAAGAUCCCCCAGGGGGAAGAGAGGAGGCAGCUGCUCAGAAGGGAGAAGGGAAAACAGAUUCCUGUGUAGGCAGCGACCCCGAGGGAGCUGGGUGGGAGGAGCAGGGCAUGGAUGAGAAGGGAGAAACCACGGAGGAGCGCUCUGGGGCUGAGGACUGUUCGGAGGGUGAAGCCUCAGGAGGAGGUGACAAAAGUCCAGGCCGACAGGAUGAUGGUGCCGAAACCGUGGAGGCCCAGGAAGCUGCAGGGCAGAGACAGCCAGAGUCAGGAGGAGGAAAUCAAGGUGAGAAAGAAGGCAGCCCACCGGGUAGCCCGGGGCAGGGCCAGUCGGGUGAGGCUUCUGGAAACAGCAGCUCAGGCCAAGAGGGGAGGCCAACGCCACCCCCCACCCCAGGUGGGGACACCCCCUGCCGAAGAUCCGGCCCAAAACCAGGCCUGUCCUCCUCCAGCACUGCAUCUCUGGGAAACUGCUCUCAGCUCUCUCAGAACAGCUCUGAAGAAGAGCCUUCGAACGGAGACACGAGGAGCACUGAAGACGAGAGCAAGGGAGACCCUGGUCAAGAGAGAAAAGUCACAGGAGUGCAUCCAGAAAGCUCCACCUCUGAGCAAGAUGGGGUCCCCUCGGGCUCCAGGACUCCAGAGCCGGGGGCAGGCGGGGGCUCUGACUUAGAAAUGGAGAAGGUAGGGAAAAGUCUCGCUUUCCCAGAGGUGAGCGUUGCAAACUUCCCCACGGACAGGACAGGCGGCUUUGGCCAAGACGACUUAGAUUUCUAGAGAUCGAGCUGCGAGAUGGUCAUGAGUCUACACCACUGUUUUUAUUAAUGUUUUGUCCACAAACCUACAAAGAGCGUGGGAAAGAUCAAGGAUUCACCAAGGACCCCGCCACAGCGCAGUGUCCCUGAGUUCCAAAUUCUGGAGCUUCCAAGGGCCCGUCCCACGUGCUGUGUGAAGGAGGGUUAUCUCACAUCUGCCCUCUUAUCGGAGGCCACCAGCCCCUCCACCUGCCUGCUGAGCCCCGCAGCAGGGAACUGACGGGAAAUGUCCCUGGAGUGGUUUUGUUCGUGUGUUUGCUUUUUGCUAGCAAGUGUUUCUCUCGCUCUUUUGCCUAUUGAUCUCCUGUUAUUUCUCUCCUUGGCCUCUCUUGGCACUCACCUCGUUCGACUUUGAAGUGCUUUUUUUCUUGUCUUGAGUAUAUUUGAUGACUCUGCAGAUGUGAAUACUUGGGAGAACUGGAUAAAUUCAGGGUCAUUGGACAGAAUUUGUUCUCAGCCCAAAAGUCCAAAUGCUUUUCCUUAUAUUUUUUUGUGAUGGAAAAAGUUGGAAAGUGCAAAAAAGCAGGAAGAAGGAAAAGUAUUCAUCCAUAAUCCAUCACUCAGAGAUAACUUGGGUUGGCAAUUUGAUGUAUUUCCUUCCCAUCGUCUUUCUAACCAUUUGAGAGUUAAGCUCAUCCUUAUGUAUUUCUUCUCUUUUUUUUUAAAGAUUGGCACCUGCGCUAACAACUUUUUGCCAAUCCUCUUCUUUUUUUUUCUGCUUUUUCUUCCC